UCUUCUGAUCUUCCCGCCUGGGAAAAGAAAAAGGAGAGGGAAGUUCCGAUGGCGUCGCUUGCAGCGUCCACGGCGUCAGCCUCUCUGGGUGUCACAGAGAUGCUGGGGAACCCUCUCAACUUUACAGGCGCAGUCCGUUCGGCCCCGACUGCAUCCAGCCCGGCCACCUUCAAGACUGUAGCGCUCUUCUCUAAGAAGAAGGCGGCGCCACCGCCAAAGCCCAAACCAGCUGCCGUCUCUCCGGUGAACGAAGAGCUCGCCAAGUGGUAUGGCCCUGACAGAAGGAUUUUCUUGCCGGAUGGACUCUUGGACAGAUCUGAGGUUCCUGAAUACCUCACCGGAGAAGUUCCCGGAGAUUAUGGUUAUGAUCCAUUUGGUCUCAGCAAGAAACCUGAAGACUUCAGCAAAUAUCAGGCAUACGAACUCAUCCAUGCCCGGUGGGCGAUGCUUGGUGCUGCUGGCUUCAUUAUCCCAGAAGCUUUCAACAAAUUUGGUGCGAAUUGUGGCCCUGAAGCCGUUUGGUUCAAGACAGGAGCUCUACUCCUUGAUGGGAACACAUUGAACUACUUUGGGAAGAACAUCCCUAUCAACCUUAUUGUUGCUGUUGUUGCUGAAGCUGUUCUUGUCGGAGGUGCUGAAUAUUACAGAAUUAUCAAUGGCCUGAAUCUGGAGGACAAACUUCACCCAGGUGGUCCAUUCGAUCCACUGGGGCUUGCAAAUGAUCCUGACCAGGCAGCCCUACUGAAGGUGAAGGAGAUCAAGAAUGGAAGAUUGGCCAUGUUUGCUAUGCUUGGUUUCUUUGUGCAGGCUUACGUCACGGGUGAGGGUCCUGUUGAAAACCUUGCCUCCCAUCUCAGUGAUCCCUUCGGCAACAACUUGCUUACGGUGAUUUCUGGUUCUGUUGAAAGGGCUCCGACCCUGUAAUUGUUAUAUUUUUGUUGUAGUAAUUGAAAUUAAAUGAGAGGUUCCAAGGCCUUUGACCCUA